GUGGGCUCUGUGUAGCAUCGUAUCUACACGUUUGACGAGAUCGACAUGAUCUCCUCGUCCCGCGUUUACGACAAAGCUCUUGGAGGAUCGUCCUGUUUCUCAGCCAUCAUCAUUCGCCUGGCCGCAUUUCACGUGUUGCUGGCUCUGACGAAGCUGUCAUCUUGAAUUGCUAGAUCUCCUGAACACCAGUAAACAUGCGCUACGCAACGUUUACCGCUAAUGACGGCUGUGCUAUCGCCUACCAAACAUCGCACUUUGUAGGUCCAGUCAACUCAGGAGAUGGCGCUGUCUCUGAGGAGCAAAGCUAUGCAUCUAGCGCAAAGUCCGGCUCACUGAGUACGUGCAUCCUGCUCCUUCAUGGCUUCUCCGGAUCUUCAGAUUAUUUCGUCCGCAACACCAAUGAACUUUCACAAGAGCACUGGGUGAUUGCACCAGAUCUGCGCGGACAUGGCCAAUCGCAACACACGUCGCACGGCUACCAUGUCGCACGUCUGGCAAUGGACCUGCAUGAACUCGUCACGGGGGUCAUCAAACCGCGCGACCAGAACAUUCGUAUCUAUGCUACUGGGUGUUCCAUUGGCGCUGCCGUGCUCUGGACAUAUGUCGAGCUCUUUACCGACGCCGAUUUUGCUGGCUUGAUAUUCGUCGAUCAGGCUCCGCUUCAAGAUCGUUGUGUUUUUGAUUCGUGGGGCCCAGAACUCGCACAUUACGGAUGUUACGAUGAAGCCACAACCUUGGAGGCGCAGAGGGCGUGGGCUAGUGACGACCCCCAAGUUCGCGAACAAACAUACGUGGGUCUGGUCAUGUCGUGUUUGGGGUACAGAUAUGCUCCCAUGCCCAGCGACAAAGUAACGGAGGAGCAGAAAAGAGCUGACGAGGAUUUCUUCGUGGCCAUCAGCAGGACCUGCAAUGGCCCUUGGCUGGCAAGACUCUUAUCUGAUCAUACGAGGUACGACCAUCGCGAGGCUAUCGAACAAAUUUCAAAGCCGGUUCUCGUCAUGGCCGGCAGGAGGUCUGGUUGUUUUAGUGUUGCUGGCAUGGAAGAGACAGUCAGGAGGGCAAAAAAGCACAAGGGUGGAAAUGAAAAUGCUAAGAUGGUGGUAUUUGACAGUGGGCACUGGCUUUUCUGGGAAGAGUCUGAACGAUUCAACCGGGAGUUGCUCGCCUUUGUGAAGUCUUGUGAGACGAGUAUAUCGCUUGAAUAAAUUCUCUCCAUUUGUACCUAUGAGGUAUUCUUUGAUUAUCAACUAUCGUAGAAUGAUUGGCUUAAAAGCCUGAGGUUUAGAAUGAAGGAUUUUCAUUCCUUG